CUGUCCCUGAAGAACCCUUGGUGACUGGGAAUUGAAGUGGAAGAGAGUCUGCAUUUCCUGUGUGUGGCCAGGGAGAAACUUCUCCCCAGGAGAGGGAGCGUUUUGUAGGUUUUUCAGGGUUUGAGGUGCUUUCUACUUUUGCAGCAAUGCCUCAGAAACAGACGCAUAAGCAGAGUAUCAAUGUGACCAGAGGAGCCAGGAAAAGAGAUGAAGAUUCAGGGACUGAUGUAGGAGAAGGCACUGAUGACUGGUCCCAAUCCAGAGCCACAGUGCGACCCCCGGACCAGCUGGAGUUGACUGAUGCAGAGUUAAAGGAAGAGUUUACUCGGAUCCUGACAGCCAACAACCCACAUGCACCCCAGAAUAUUGUCAGGUACAGCUUCAAAGAAGGCACGUAUAAGCCUAUUGGUUUUGUGAACCAGCUGGCGGUUCACUUCAGCCAGGUGGGGAACCUGAUUCCCAAAGACUCGGAUGAAGGACGUCGGCAGCACUACCGUGAUGAGCUAGCAGGAGGCUCCCAGGAAUCUGCCAAGGUGGUGACUUCAGAUACAGAAAUCUUUGAAGAAGACGAAGAACCCAAAGAAGGAGAAACUGAAGCUGGGAGUCAGACAGAUAUACCUGCUGCAACUGAGAUGCCUGAAAAAGUGAUUGAAGAAGAACUGAUGGCUCCUAUGCAGCCCAGAGAACGAAAACUAACUAACCAGUUUAACUUCAGUGAAAGAGCAUCACAGACCUUCAACAACCGGCUCCGGGAUCGGGAGUGUCAGAUGGAGCCUCCACCGAGGACAAACUUUUCAGCCACAGCCAAUCAGUGGGAAAUCUAUGAUGCUUAUGUAGAUGAGCUUGAGAAACAGGAAAAGACCAAAGAGAAGGAGAAGGCAAAGACUCCAGUGGCUAAGAAACCAGAGAAGAUGGCCACGAGGAAACUGACAUCUAUGGAGUCCCAGAGUGAUGACAUCACCAAAGUGUCCCAGGCUGCUAAAAUUGUAGAGCGCAUGGUCAACCAAAAUACGUAUGAUGAUGUUGCUCAAGAUUUUAAGUACUAUGAGGAUGCUGCUGAUGAAUACAGGGACCAGGAGGGUACGCUGCUUCCUCUCUGGAAAUUUCAAAAUGACAAAGCCAAGCGCCUGGCUGUCACUGCCCUCUGCUGGAAUCCAAAGUACAGGGAUCUUUUUGCAGUGGGACAUGGCUCCUAUGAUUUCAUGAAGCAGAGCCGGGGCAUGCUGCUGCUCUACAGCAUGAAGAACCCGAGCUUCCCUGAGUACAUCUUCAGCAGCGAGAGUGGCAUCAUGUGUCUGGACAUGCACGUGGACCACCCCUACCUGGUGGUCGUGGGCUACUACGACGGCAAUGUGGCCAUUUACAACCUCAAGAAGCCUCAUUCACAGCCCUGCUUCCGCAGCACCUCCAAGUCUGGCAAGCACACGGACCCUGUAUGGCAGGUCAAAUGGCAGAAAGACGACAUGGACCACAACCUUAACUUCUUUUCUGUGUCAUCCGACGGCCGGAUUGUAUCAUGGACCCUUGUAAAGAGUGAGCUGGUUCAUAUCGAUGUCAUCAAGCUGAAGGUGGAAGGCAGCACCACGGAGAACCCCGAGGGGCUACAGCUGCACACUGUGGGCUGUGGCACCGCCUUUGACUUCCACAAAGAGAUCGACUACUUGUUCCUGGUGGGAACAGAGGAGGGGAAAAUCUACAAGUGCUCCAAAUCCUACUCCAGCCAAUUCUUGGACACGUAUGAUGCUCACAACAUGGCAGUAGACGCUGUGAUCUGGAACCCAUUCCACACCAAGGUUUUCAUGUCCUGCAGCUCUGACUGGACAGUGAAGAUAUGGGACCACACCAUCAAGACCCCCAUGUUCAUUUAUGACCUCAACUCAGCCGUGGGUGAUGUGGCCUGGGCCCCAUACUCUUCCACUGUGUUUGCAGCAGUCACCACGGAUGGGAAGGCCCAUGUGUUUGACUUGGCUGUCAACAAGUAUGAGGCUAUCUGCAACCAGCCUGUGGUGGCCAAGAAAAAGAACAAGAUUACUCACGUGCAGUUCAAUCCCAUUCACCCCAUCAUAAUUGUGGGUGAUGAACGUGGGCAUGUCACCUGUCUCAAGCUCUCUCCCAACUUGCGAAAGAUGCCAAAGGAAAAGAAGGGGCAGGAAGUGCAGAAGGGUCCAGCUGUGGAGAUCGCAAAAUUGGAUAAACUGCUAAACCUCGUGAGGGAAGUAAAAACCAAAACCUGAGAAUCUGGCCCCAGGCCCUGCCCCAUGGUUUGAACUCAAUCUUACAGCCCUCUACCUGGGUGCCAGGGUGCCUAUGCCCCAAAGAUGCACCUCACCCUGAUCAAGUCCCAGUGUUUACUUUUCUCAUUCUGGUUCUUAAGGUCACACCACCUUUCUCCAUGAUUUGACUCCAUUAUACCCUCUUUGCACAAAUAAACCUGUUUGGAA